AUGCCCAACGCCGAACAAAGCAGCGUCACAAAACGGAACCUCAUCGUCGUCUCCAACCGACUCCCCCUCUCCGUCAAGCGCACCGAAGAUGGAUCCUACACCUCCAGCAUGUCGAGUGGCGGACUGGUCACUUCGCUGUCGGGACUGACCAAGACGACCGAGUUUCGCUGGUUUGGAUGGCCUGGGAUGAGUCCCCAGGAGCCCGCUGAGCAGGAAAAGAUUCGACAGAGUUUGGGGGCUCACAAUGCGAUUCCGGUGUUUCUGGACGAGGAGCUUGCGAAUAGACAUUAUAAUGGGUUUUCCAAUCAAAUUCUGUGGCCUACCCUGCACUAUCAAUCAGGGGUCGCGUUUGACGACGGGCCCUGGGAAGCAUACAAAAAGGUCAAUGAGAUCUUUGCAGACUAUAUUGCCGACGCUGCGCAAGAGGAGGAUCUGGUAUGGGUGCAUGACUAUCACUUGAUGCUGCUACCGCGGCUGCUGCGAGAGCGAAUGGCCAAGAAGAAAAGACAGGCGUGUAUUGGGUUCUCGCUGCACACGCCAUUUCCGGCAUCAGAGGCUAUGAGGACACUGCCCGUGGCUAAGGAGCUGCUGCAGGGGCUGCUGUCGAGCACGCUGGUGGGAUUCCAUACGGAGGAUUACCGGCUGAAUUUUGUCGAGAGUUGCCAGUAUUUACUGAACGCACGAGCACAGGACAGCUCGAUUUUGUACAAAGACCGACUCGUCAAGACAGGCAGAUUCACCGUCGGCAUCGACCCGGAGAAAUUCAACGACACGCUCCGGAAAGGCGAGGUCCAGGCGCGCAUCAAGCAGCUGAAUGAGCGGUACAAGGAGAUCAAAGUCAUCUUGGGCGUUGAUCGGCUGGAUUAUAUCAAAGGCCUGACGCAGAAACUGCAUGGCUUCGAGCAGUUUCUGACUGACAAUCCGAGGUGGCAGGGCAAGGUGGUCCUGGUACAGGUCGCGGUGCCGUCUCGAGAGGACGUCAAGGAGUACCAGGAGCUGGAGACGCAGAUAAGUUGUCUGGUUGGGAAGAUCAAUGGGAAAUUCAGCCAACCCGAGUACACGCCCAUCGUAUAUCUGCACCGCUCGAUCCCAUUCACGGAGCUCACAGCACUCUACUCCAUCGCAGACAUGUGUCUGCUCACAUCCAGUCGAGACGGCAUGAACCUCGUGGCAUUCGAGUAUAUUGCAUGCCAGGAGCAGCGGCAUGGUGUCCUUGCGCUGUCCGAGUUCGCAGGUGCAUCGGUAUUUAUGGCUGAAGGCACCGUGGCGUUCCAUCCGGCGAAUAUCAAGGAGAUGUCGCAGGCUAUUAACAAGGGGCUGACGAUGUCGAGAGACGAGCGGACAGAGAGGUAUAAGAAGCUGGAGCGGUUUGUGAAUAGGAAUACAAGGUAG